CUAGUCUCGCCUGUGUGUUUUGUGAAUGAACCACGUGGCAGUGACUCACUCGGUGUGUUUCCAGACUUUUGCAGAAGCUGCUGCUGCUGCUGGCGGCGCCGGCGUGUGGCUCCCCUUUUUUUUUUUUUUUUUUUUUUUUUGGGCGUUCUUGCUCCCACCCGUUCGCCAACUAACUGGGACCCAGCCCAGCAUGGCGGGAACACGUCUCUCGCUAGACAGUCUCGCCGCCGCCGCCGCCGUCUGCCUCUUCGUUGGCACCUUUCUGCCGCCACCAGGAAAUGGACAGAAUUUGUCAUCAGCUCCAUCCAGCACUGUGUCACACUUUUUGCCUUCCCAUGGUGAGGCUGGAAAUUUUAGCUCCUGGACAACUACCCCUGCUGCAGCCACCGCCACCGUGGAUGGCAACAUCACAUUGACAUCAAAUGCCAGUAACUCAAACCUACCUGAACCUCUAGCUCCUACCACAGUUGGUUCUUCAAACACUGUAAGACCUCAGAAUACAACCAGUGUCAUCAACGGUAGCAUUGACAUUCUUCCUACCCCAACUGCAAACCUAGUGGAAGGUACCCACAAUAGCCUGGAUGAUGCAAACCCCAUCAAUACCACAUCCAUGGUUAGUUCAAGCACUAACUUCACAGCUACAGAGACCUCACCGUCAGAGGCACAAGGAUCAACAAUUGUUCCUCAAUCACAGUCGUCCACAUUCAGCACCCUGGAGCCCACAGAAAAGAGACCAGAAAGCAUACCAGUGACAGACCAUGGAGCUAUCACAGAGGAGAAUGUAACAGUUUCUACAUCAGCUCCAGAUGCCACUAGUGGAGAAGUACUUGUGUUGAAUGCAUCCAGCACUGUCACAUUAACACCUGGGUUUGUCUCCAACACACUCACAGCUCACAGAGUCACACCAGUGGAAACAGAGCAGCCAGUUAACCAUGUACAAAAGUCAUCUGUAGCUGAUGUGGGAGAUGAUAAUGAAGAUCUGCCUAGCAUGUCAGAAGCCAGUGCAGUAGGUGAGGACCCCCUGGUGAUUGCUGUCAUCUUCAUCUUCACUGUGACGGUAGGGAUUCUGGCUCUUAUGGGCUUCUUAAGGUACCGUCAACAUAGCAGUCGGCUACAAUUUCGGCGACUACAGGAUUUGCCUAUGGAUGAUAUGAUGGAGGAUACACCUCUUUCCCUCUAUAGCUACUAAACUGCAAAACAGCGUUUUUGGUGCUGGUAAGUCAAGGGAGGCACAAAACUUGCAAAGGAUCCUGACCUGGAAAGAGACUCCUAUGUAAGAGUUGGGAGCUGUUGUACUGAUCUGCAGAUGACUGGAAAGCUGUGAGUCAGGUGACUCCAUAAAGUCAUGUUCUCCCCCUUAUUUUUGAAAAUUGAAGCCUGGCCCAGACUUCUUCAUGGACUCCAAGAACUUCUCCACUUCUUCUUCUUUGGACUCUGUGCUUGGAGGCUCUAUGUUCGGGGAAGUUUUUCCUAGGCUUUCAUUGAGUGGCUGCAUUCACUGGUUUAUUGCCAGUGGAGGCCUUGCCUGGAAUUAAAGUAGGUGCAUUGCAGACUCUUAUAUAGCAAGAAGAUUAAACAAGCCUUUUCAGCACAAGCCAUAGAGUGUUUUACUUGUGGAUGGACAUGCAGGCAGAUUCUGACUUGGAGAUGUUGUUGGCUUCCUUCUUGAAUAUAAAUUUUGUUUUAAUUGCACUUUUAUCUUUACAUUUUUAUCCAUAGGAUCUAAAUAUGUUCCAAAGGAUAGAGCAGUAAAAUGGAAAAUAGUGAUCCUGUCCUUGCUACGAGACCCCCAAAGCUCAGCUAAUUCUUGGUAAUGUGCUCACCACAGCUGCCAGUCAGAUGUAACAUGAUUCCAAUUGGACUUGAAGGCAAACGUUCUCUACUGUUGUUGUUUUCUAGGCAAUGGUAUUUUGAGGCAUAUGACAUAACUUGAUUGCUGCUGAACCAUCUCCUCCUUAAUAUGGUUACAUUAACUUCAAGGAGAACUAAUGGUAGCUGCAAUUUGGGUAGGGCUAGUCUGAGAAAGUAGUUUAUUCUAGGUAUUUGUUAUUUACCCAUCAAAUCACUUCCAAUUAUAAUAACCCGAAUAGGGUUUUCAGGGCAUGUGAGAUGUUCAAGAGGCAGCUUACCACUGCCACCCCCUCUUCCCAUGUGUUUCUAUGGCUGGGUAAGGAUGUGAACUCUAGUAUGGCACCAUGAUCCACUACACACUCCAACUCUCAUAUUCUAGUAUUCUCAUCAAAUUGUGCUGCUGUGUUGAGCAACAAGGUAUGGCAUGUAAGAUGCCCAUCAGUUAUUUUGUGUCCAGUCUACUAGUUCAGAUCAGCCAGUACUGUUAGCAUCCCCUCCAUGAGCAAUGGUCCUCUGAUACCUAUACUUAGUAAUGUCACUGGAGAUUAUAUCUAGCUGUCCCUGCUAUGUGCUUGCCAACUGGCUAUGGUAGUUAGCUAUUCGGCCCUGUUUUUUGGGAAGAAUCUUAGUAUUAACUAUUAGCAGACACCUUCUAUUCACACAGAACCCUCCUUCCCCACUUCGUCUUUCUCAUGUAUGAAAAACAGUAAGUUCUUUCAUACCUUGAUUGCAAAAUGAAGUCCAAAUCAUUGCACAUGUAGACACAAUUAAUUUGGAUUCAUUCACUUCCAGAUUUGCCAAAUUAUUCUCCUGGGUCUUCAUUGCUGUCUAAAGAGAUCUCUAUCUAAACCUUUGUAUUGUGCUACCCUCAGUCUGCAGCAGAACUGUUUGAGGGGGGAAAAGGAGUUUACAGUUAUAACCUGAUGCAUCCAGCUAUCUAACAAAACUCAAAAGAUGGUAGGAGAGCUUUUCCUCCUUUUUUGCACGCUGACUGUCACACUGCAGAUGGCUCUCUUCUAAUGGACCCACCCACCUGACCUUCACUAAAGGGAACGGAGAACCUCAAAUGUACUGGAGGAGAAUGUAUAAAAGGAGAUUUGUGUGUGAGUGAACUCCUGCAAAGCUGCUCUUGCCUCAUUUGCAGUUGAGUGGAUUGUCAUUCUGCUGUUUUCCUGGAGUGAGACCAGAAGGCUGUUUGAGGUUUCACUGCAAAAACAAGCAGUCUGUUUGACAGCAUCACAAUGGGCAAAGUGCCAACUCCUUAUAUGUCCCUUUGAAGAUAUCAGAAGCCUUUGAAGGUUUCUCUGCCUUGGUUUUAUUAUUAUUAAUUCCAGGCUCAGGCAUCAUUAUAUUCAAUAAAAAGAGACUAGAGAUCAAUCUGAGUGGUUACCUUUGAAGCUAGAAAGGGGUGGAGUAUAUUCAAGCAAAAAAAAAAAAAAUCAGUACUUCUGUGGCUAAGCCUCUUGCCCACUGGGACAGUGGCUCCAUGAGUCUAUGAUAAGGCCACAAAAUUGCGGGAAGAUUUAUAAAUGCAAGAUGGAAGGGAACAUAGCCAGCCAGUGCCAGAACUUGGUUCCUUGGAGAAGAAGUGUCUAGACCUCUGUGUUCAUUGGAGACCUUUUGUUGGAAAAUAUUCUACACUGGGCUGGGGAGAAAGUCCUAUUUUAAUAAUUAUUAUUCUGAUUUGGCUACAGCAGUACAAAUGCAAUGGACUUCAGUUACAUCCAGACAAUAUAAUGGCCUCAUCAGUUAAAAAUCACAAAGCUGUAGUGGUUGCCCUUGUAAUGCCUGAGGAGCAGGGAGACAUCAGAUUUCCAUGCAGUUAUGAAACCUCGCUGUGGUAUUUGUGCAGUCUCACUCUUGCCAAAAUUAACCCAUCUUGAAUAGUCAUUGUGAAAAGAGGAUGACUUGAGGGAAAAAAUAUGUGCACCUUGAAGGGCACUGUGAAAAUCUAAUGAAAAGACUCACGUCUGAUUGCGGGUUUUCCCAAGCUUUGGUCAGACAUUCACAUUGAAAGGUCCCUUUUUUUCUGUAUCUUUUCUAUGAACAUCUAGAAAUGUAAUGUAUAAUAAAUUUGUGUGUUGUAUACAUUA